AUGCUGUCCAUGGCUUCCAAGGCACUCUCUGAGUCCCCACUAGCAUCUAGGCUCUAUGUUGGGGCAGGGAGUCAUGCGGAUCAUCCAUCUCCGGUUUUGAUGCUCUUUGCCUUCAUGCUAGUGACUUGUCUCGAAGCUGCUAAGCUCACCGUGGGGUUCCACGCCCCUUGGAACAUCUCUCAUCCAUUUAGUGUUCAAAGGCUGGGGGCAGGCCUCCAGACUGCUAUGGACAAACUCAACUCAAAGCCAGCUGGACUUGGGAAUGUGAGCUGGGAGUUCACUUACACCAAUUCAACAUGCAGUGCCAAGGAGUCCCUUGCAGCUUUCAUUGACCAGGUCCAGAAAGAACACAUUUCUGCUCUGUUUGGACCAGCGUGCCCAGAAGCAGCAGAGGUUAUCGGUUUACUGGCCUCUGAGUGGAGCAUCCCCUUGUUCGACUUUGUUGGACAAAUGGCAGCCCUGGAGGACCACUUCUGGUGUAACACCUGUGUGACACUUGUGCCGCCCAAGCAGGAAAUCAGUGUUGUGCUUCGGGAAAGCCUGCGGUACCUGGGCUGGGAACACAUCGGGGUGUUUGGAGUCUUCUCUGCAGGUUCCUCCUGGGAAGAAGUGGAUGAGAUGUGGCGGGCUGUUGAGGAUGGACUCCAGCUCCAUUUCAACAUCACGGCCAGCAUGAGGCACAACAGUAGCAGCUCAGAGCAUCUGCAGGAAGGCCUCAGGAGCAUGUCAUCUGUCGCCAGGGUUAUCAUCCUAAUCUGCAGCUCAGAGCAUGCAAGGCGCAUUCUGCAGGCUGCAGAGGGCCUGAGACUCGACACGGGAGAAUUUGUUUUCAUCCUCUUGCAGCAGCUGGAGGACAGUUUUUGGAAGGAAGUACUGACAAAGGACAAGGUGACACGCUUUCCCAAAGUCUAUGAGUCAGUGUUUCUCAUCGCACCCAGCACCUAUGGAGGAGGCACUGGAAAUGACAGCUUCUGGGAGCAAGUCUACCAAAGACCUAGGAGGCCACCUUUGCAAAGCACCGUCUCCUCAGAGGACCAGGUGAGCCCUUAUUCUGCCUACCUGCACGACGCUCUCUUACUCUACGCUCAGACUGUGGAAGAAAUGAUGAAGGCUGAGAAAGACUUCCGGGAUGGACGGCAGCUGAUUAGCACCCUGAGAGCUGGUCAGGUCACCCUGCAGGGAAUCUCAGGUCCUGUGCUUUUAGACUCCCAGGGGAAAAGGCGUGUGGAUUACUCCGUCUAUGCACUGCAGAAAUCUGGAAACAGAUCUUUCUUUCUUCCCUUUCUUCAUUAUGACAGUUGUCAGAAAUUAAUCAGGCCCUGGAGGAAUGACUCGAACACCUCACGGCCCCAUGGCUCUCUUCCUGAGUAUAAACCUGGCUGUGGAUUUCAUAACGACCUUUGCAAAACAAAGCCUCCUACUGUAGCAGGUAUGACAGCAACGUGGACUGCUGUGAUUCCCAUGGUGACAUUCCUGGCUCUUGUCUCAGCAGCUGCCAUCACAGGUCUGAUGUUCUGGAGGCUGAGAGGGAAAGUGCAGAGCCAUCCUGGAGACACCUGGUGGCAGAUCCGAUAUGACAGCAUCACUCUUCUGCCUGAGCACAAACCGACCCACCGAGGCACACCCGUGUCAAGGUGCAGCGUUAGUAAUGCACCUUCUGUGAAGAUUUCUGCACAUUGUGGCUCCUUUGUCAAGAGGCACCAGGAUGAAGAGCUGUUCUACGCCCCUGUGGGGCUUUAUCAGGGAAAUCAGGUAGCCCUCUGCUAUGUUGCUGAUGAAGCAGAAGCUCGGGUUAAGAAGCCGACUGUGCUGCAGGAAGUCUGGUUGAUGUGUGAACUGAAGCAUGAAAACAUCGUCCCCUUCUUUGGUGUUUGCACAGAACCACCUAACAUCUGCAUCGUUACACAGUAUUGCAAAAGAGGAAGUCUCAAGGACGUUCUGAGGAACUCUGGUCAUGAGAUGGAUUGGAUAUUCAAGCUCUCCUUUGCGUAUGACAUAGUCAAUGGCAUGCUGUUCCUUCACGGGAGCCCGCUGAGGUCUCACGGCAACCUGAAACCUUCCACCUGCCUGGUAGACAGUCACAUGCUGCUGAAGCUGUCAGGAUUUGGGUUGUGGGAGUUCAAACAUGGCAGCACCUGUAGAAUCUACAACCAGGACGCCACAGACCAUUCAGAGCUCUACUGGACAGCUCCAGAGCUGCUGAGGCUUCAGGAGCUGCCCUGGUCUGGCACCCCACAGGGAGAUGUUUACAGCUUCGCCAUUCUCCUGAGGGACUUGAUCCACCAGCAGGCCUGUGGGCCCUUCGAUGACCUGGAGGCAGCUCCAGAGGAAAUCAUCAGCAGCAUCAAAGACCCCCGGGCACCCGUUCCGCUUCGGCCGUCCCUGUUGGAGGAUAAAGGUGAUGAAAGGAUUGUGGUCCUGGUGAGGGCGUGUUGGGCUGAAUCUCCAGAGCAAAGGCCCACCUUCCCUUCCAUCAAGAAGACAUUACAGGAAGCCAGUCCCAGAGGCCGGGUGAGCAUCUUGGAUAGCGUGAUGGGCAAGCUGGAAAUGUACGCCAAUCACCUGGAAGAAGUAGUGGCGGAGCGGACCUGCCAGCUGGUGGCAGAGAAGAGAAAGGUGGAGAAACUCCUGUCCACCAUGUUGCCAAGCUUCGUUGGAGAACAGCUCAUAGCAGGAAAGUCCGUAGAACCGGAACAUUUUGAGUCUGUCACCAUCUUCUUCUCUGACAUCGUGGGUUUCACAAAACUGUGCUCCCUCAGCUCCCCCUUGCAGGUGGUGAAGCUUCUCAAUGACCUUUACGGCUUGUUUGAUCGCACGAUACAGGCCCACGAUGUAUACAAGGUUGAAACCAUCGGAGAUGCCUACAUGGUAGCCAGUGGGCUGCCCAUCCGAAAUGGAGCUCAACACGUGGGCGAGAUUGCCACCAUGUCCUUGCACUUACUCAGUGUCACCACCCACUUCCAGAUCGGGCACAUGCCUGAGGAGAGACUCAAGCUCCGGAUAGGCCUCCACACAGGUCCUGUGGUGGCCGGUGUGGUGGGAAUCACCAUGCCCAGGUACUGUCUGUUUGGAGACACUGUGAACAUGGCAUCCAGAAUGGAAAGCAGCAGUUUGCCUCUCCGGAUUCAUGUUUCCCAGAGCACCGCAGGAGCUCUUCUGGCAGCAGGAGGGUACCAUCUGCAAAAGAGGGGCACCAUUUCAGUUAAGGGCAAGGGAGAACAGACGACCUUCUGGCUGAAAGGCAAAGAUGGCUUCAGUGUCCCGCUCCCUGAAUUCACCGAGGAAGAAGCUAACGUUCCGGAGAUGUUGUGA